AUGGCAUGCUCGUAUCAUCCUUCGAACUACGGGGUCGAUCACUUGCCAGAUUAUCAGAUUCAGAUUCACGUCAGAAGACCUCUUCCCUCAUCCUUCGUCGUCUGGGGAGAAUUAGACAAUCGUCACUCAUCAGCUGGAGUGCGAGCUCCUGUCCAUGCCCUUGCACUCGAAACUACAAAGCCAUCUCCAGCGAUCCUGUCCAAUAUUAACCACUCUGGUCACGGCAGCCUAUCCUCAAGCCGUUUCGGUACCCAACGAAGCCGAUACGGUCCCAACAUCAUUGAGGAGGUCAUGACAUCACUUGAGGCGUCUGGCGUUAGACGUCUAUUAGCGACUCCAGCGGAAAAAGGAAAAGCAUUGGUUUCCCGUUCGCUGGAAAUCUUAAAACUAAUCCUCUCCAGUUUAGGAAGCGAAUUUGGUGAAUGUCGGUCUGACGUGACCAAACUGAUCUAG